AUGGUAACUAUUCAAGCAGAUGAAAUUAGUAACAUUAUUCAUGAACGUAUUGAGCAAUAUAAUAGAGAAAUAAAGAUUUUAAAUACCAGUACUGUACUCCAAGUAGGUGAUGGCAUUGCUCAUAUUUAUGGUCUUGAUGAUGUAAUGAUGGGGGAAUUAUUAGAAUUUGAAGAAGGUAUGAUAGGCAUUGCUCUGAAUUUGGAAUCAAAUAAUGUCGGUGUUGUAUUAAUGGGUGAUGGUUUGAUGAUACAAGAGGGAAGUUCUGUAAAAGUAACAGGAAGAAUUGCUCAGAUCCCUAUAAGUGAGGCUUCUUUAGGCCAUGUUAUAAAUGCUCUUGCUAAACCUAUUGAUGGUCGAGGUGAAAUUUCAGCUUCUGAAUCUCGGUUAAUUGAAUCUCCCACCUCGGGUAUUAUUUUAGGACGUUUGGUAUAUGAGCCUCUUCAAACAGGACUUAUUGCUAUUGAUUCGAUGAUUCCUAUAGGACGUGGCCAGUGA